CGACAGCCUGCAGCAGAGCCAGUCGGAUCAGCAAGGGCCAAUACGCACAUACAGAGGCAUAGCAGAAGGGCUCGCUCUUUAAACGACAGAUCGCAAUGCCGCUAAAAAAUGGCAACACCGUGGCCGUGGAGAGGCGCGUCGAUCUGGCCUCGCUCUUCUGCAUGAUCGGGCGGCAUGGUCCCGCCGUGGCUCUGGCUGUAAUAGCGAUGUUAUCCGUGCUGGCGGGAUUCAUCAUCUACCGGUCCGUGAGGGGGAAGCGGAGGAAGGCCACAGCCGCUGCCGCCGACGGUGACAGCCAGAGCCCCGGAGCGGAGAGAGACACAUCGGUGAUCCGGCCGAGCCCGGAGGAAACACAAAGCUCCGUGGAGUCAACAGACACGAGUGCGGAGGAUGUUGAUCUGAUUCAGAGUGAUCUCAAAAUCAGGCACCGCCGUACUGCUGCUGCUGUUGACAAGAAACAUGCACCUUAUUCUCCUCCGAAGAGGGACAUCCAAGUACCAGACAACAAGCAAACCACUUCAGGUGAUACAGAGGAAAUGGCGGCUGUGCGGGUCUCUAAUGAAGUAGCAGAGGCAUUUGCAGAAGAGGCCAAUCAGUGCCUGCAAAGUGAUACUUACACUGUGGCUGAAAUGGCGGUCGAGGCUCCUGUUGACUGCCACCAGGACGCAAUUGAUGAUGAUAGCUACUUGAAGGAGUCUGAGACGAUUAAUGAUGAGAACCACAAGAAGAAAGAGGAGGUGUUAGAAGCAGAAUGCCAGGAAGAAAAGGAUGUGACCACAGACAUGGACAUUUCUGGCAAGAAAACCAGGCAAGAGGCGGAAACCUUUGUGUGCUCUUUGAUCAAUCCGGUGUGCUCCAAACAAACCCCUCAUAUGGGUGAAAAGGUUGAUGAUGACAGACUACAAGAUAAUAAAACAACACUGGAGGCAAACAGUGUGGAGUCCAACUUGGAAGAGCCUGUCAUUCACAUUGAAGAUGUACCUGUCUCUUGCAUCUGUUAUGGCAAAGAUGAGGAGUUUGAGGGAGAGAAUCCAGAUAUUAUGGAUUGCAGUAGUUAUUCUGACCAAAAGAAAAGUGAGCAUAAGGAGGCAAAAGAAGAGUGUACAGACUACCAUCGAACUGCUCAACAAGCUGAGAUAUGGUCCUCAACAUUUGAACAAGAAUCAAACCUGCCAUCUACACAGCCCCCAAUUCGGGAUAGAGAUUUGGAUGAAGAAGGUGGUAUAGCUGGUGAAGAUGUAGAGCACUUGAACAAACGUGCUGCUGUCAGUUUUGAUGAGCACUCAUCACAGUUAGACAUGCAAGAAGUGGAUAUUGAAAAAAAUGUGGAAAGUGGUCUUGGAUGUAAAAAAGAGGACGGUGUUCUUUACGAUGGUGUUGAUCAAGUGAAAGAGAAAGGGCUGACUAGUGACAACAUUGUUGCCAGUAGUGAAGAAUUUGAAGGUUCAAGUGUGGCACCCAGUCCUGCUCUGCUCUGUUUGAGCAUGCCCUUGAAGAUUGAUAAUAAUGACAACGGUCUUUCAGGUAUCACCUCUGAUGCAAAAGCUCUAAUUUCAGACAAAGCAGGUUUCUCUGACUUGUCAACGCAGAGUCAACAACCACAGAAAGAAAAUAAGAUAGAUCCAUCUCUGGAUGAAGACACUGAUUCUACUGUUCUUGACCCUCAAAUGCCACCACAUGAGACAGAAAAUCAGCCUGAUAACAAUGAAAACAGCACAACCAUAGUGUUGGCUGAAGACUACAUUGACUCUCAUGUUCAAUCUUGCAACAAAGACCAGCACAGUUCCAAAAUGAUAAAUAACGUUUUUGACAAGGCGAGUGUUGCUGUUGAUCCUGAUAAUGUUGAUAAUGCUAGCAAUAAUGGACUUUUAAUAUCGGAACAAAUAUAUCAUCCAGAUAUGUUGUGUGGCUCCCAGACCCCACAAAGUGACAACAUGGAAAAUAGUUUUUCUGAAGUUACUGGUGUUGCUGCUCCUGUCAUGCCUGAUAACAUAAGCCCUCCAAUGUGUCAAAUUCACCUGACGUAUUUUGAGCAAAGUGAGCAGAUGGAUAAUGACAUGUCAUCUUAUGGUAUUGGUAAAGAGAGUGGGAUUUCAAGCAUGGCUGUCAGCCCUGAUUUGCAAGAUACUAGUAAUGAGUUUGACGUGAUCGUUCAGAGUGAUCUACAAUCUGAGGGGCAAACAGAGGCUCCAAACAGCCUCUUCGCUGAUGAUGUAGCGAUAUCUGUCAUUAAUGACGAUAGAGCAGGUAUGGUGUUUGAGCCUUACCCAUCAUGUGACUCCCAUCCACACUACAGUGAGAACACAGAUUGGACUAAUUAUGAAUCAUUUGCAGCCAACGAAGACAUUUUUGGCCAUGAGGUUGAGGAUUGUUACCAGAAAGAAAUGGAUCAGUUUAUGGCACAGAUUACAGUCAAAGUUCCUAGCGUUACAGAUGAGCUGAAAACACAGACAGACGUGAAAGCUGUUGUUGAGGUCAUAGAGAUUGAAGAGAAGAAGGCAGGCAUAAGUGUUGAAAAGAAAGAGGUGUCAAAAGCAGAGAAGGAGAAAGAAGAGGACUAUGAAAAGACUGAAAUAAGUAUCAUGGAGGCGACAAUGGACAAUAACGAAUGGAUCACGGAUAGUAACUACCAAGUCCUUCCCUGGAUGAAUCUUUCUGCCCAAGACCACACAAACAACAACCAGCUCCCCACUGAGUGCCAAUACAGCUCUGCUGUAACAGACACCACUUAUAUAGAUGCAACAGAUAUCCCACCUUCCACUGAAGUCAAACAAACCAGCACUGUUUCCCUUGACGAAAACACGGAAAAUAACAAAAAGGUUGUGGCAGUCCAGCCCAUGCCCCAGAACGUCAACGUGACAUUCCGUAUCCAUUAUGUCACCCACUCACCACACCAGAUGGUGGCUGUCACAGGGGACCGGCAGGAGCUGGGGAAUUGGAAGGGAUUCAUCCCGCUAGAGAGAGCCAUGGAUGGGCUCUGGACCACGGUGGUCAGCCUACCUGCAGAGAACCAUGUGGAGUGGAAGUUUGUGCUGGUGGACAAGGGUGAGAUAUGUCGCUGGGAGGAAUGUGGCAACCGCCUCCUUGAUACAGGCUACGGGGAUGACCUACUUGUGCACAAAUUGUGGGGAUUCUUGUAAGAGGUGAAGUGAGAGAAGAUUGAGAGGGGAACGUACAGUAAGCUAUCAUAUGUGAUACUGGAAAUGAUAAGUCAAGUUUAUUUGUACAGCCCUUCACAAGACCCACACAAGGAUACAGCAAAUUAAAAUGACACUUAAAACUCAAUUAUACUGUAUCAUAUCAUAGAUAUGUCCUAGUAAGCAUUGAUCUGGUACAUCUGGGGGUCAAAAGACAUCAGGAGGUCUAGGUUAAAAUUGUUUUUUUAGAUGUCAAGGUUACAUAACACACUGAUUCCAGCUUUUGAAAUUGGAAUAUGUCUCUAUUUUCUCUGUUUUAUGUAAUUGUAAAGGUUUUGCGUGUUAGUCAGACAAACAAGAAAUUUAAAAAUGCCACCUUAGGCUUUCAGAACUUGGGCAUUUAAUACCUGCAAAUUUCCCACAUCAUGAUUACUGGCAUGAAACAGUCAGCUAAUGGGACUUUUGCUAAAGGAUUGCCCUCUAAUAGCCAGUGACUGAGUGGAUCCUUCAGGGAAGUGGAAAAAAUUGCCAUAAAUAGACAGAAGCAUUACAUAAAACAUCUUUAUUUAUGAUUAUGCAAAUUGCACCUCUUUAAAAGUAGGUGAUUUAAUGGUAAUGUAAGUGUUUAAUUUGUAUAAAUGGAGACUUUAUUAUACUGUCCAUAUGCUGCUUGAAUACUCCUCAACAAUCUAUGAGAAUAAAUGCACAUAGUUCACUUUUCCUACAGCAAUAAUCAAAGCAAUAAUUGUUCUGUAUACUAUCAGGUACUACUUUGUGUUUACCACUAAACUGUGAUAUAGUUGUAACUUUGAUGCUGCUUUUAUCUCAUGGGACGGUGUGCAUGCAAGAUUGUCUCAUUGUUGUUCUAUUAAUGUGCCUUUUUUAACGUGAUUUUUCUAUUAAUGUGUUAUAAUUCAUCAAAACAGUGUGACUUGUCUUUGUAAAACAGCUUUGCUGGCCAUCAUUUUCAUUGUUUCACAGCAACUUUUAUUGAAUUACAUAAAUGUAUGUUAAUGAUUUUCUCAAAACUGAUGCUGUCAGUUUAAGUUUCAGUUCUUAACCAGAGUAGAACAUUUAUAUCUCAGAUCAUAUCAGAUUAUCUUAGUAUGCAAUACUGUGAUGAUAAUGCUACUCUUGAAUGUCAUUAAGGCGGACUUGGUUACCAAAUAAACAAAUCUGUCAUA